GGCGGCGGGAGGAAUGGGGGUGGGGGUGGGGGAAGGUCGGCAGAACUUGAGAAAGUGUCACCUCUGUAUUGGUGUGCCACCUCUUGCCCGUCUAGACUGCUUGGGCUCAAUCUCUUUCUUGGUGUCUUAUCGCCGACCUCCACGGAUGCGCUCGCUCCCUAAAUCCUGCCUCCACACCCCCACCCCACUCCUUUGAGGACGCUCAAACUAUUCUGUUGUUUUUAUUAAAAAUUGACUAGAUGCAAAAAAGUGGUUGCUCUUACUUAACGAAGUGAAGUAUGAAGAUUAGUAGUGUAAGGAAUUCUCGUUUAUCCAUUACCCAGUUUAAGAAGCAAAACUUCUCAAAGGUUGUUUCCUUCCUUGGUUGUGUAACGUUCAGGAGCCCUCAGCCUAAAGCCCUAAAGGGAAAAAUUGUAGGACGGGAAAAAAAAGUCAUCCAUCCAUAUAGUAGAAGAGCAGCUCAAAUUACAAGAGAGGCCCACAAACAAGAAAAAAAGGAAAAAUUGAAGAAUGAAAAGGCACUGCGUCUCAACAUUAUUGGUGAAAAACUGCAGUGGUUUCAAAGUCAUCUUGAUCCCCAAAAAGUAGGAUAUUCAAAGAAAGAUGCUUGUGAAUUAAUUGAAAGGUAUUUAAAUCGAUUCAGCAGUGAACUAGAACAGAUUGAAUUACAUAACAGCAUCAAAGACAGGCAGGGAAGGCGGCACUAUUCCCGGGAGACAGUCAUCAAGCAGACAAUGGAGCGUGAGCGACAACAGUAUGAAGGAUAUGGCCUUGAGAUUCCAGACAUUAUAAAUGCUGGUAAUCUGAGAACUUUUAGGGAAUGGGAUUUCGAUCUGAAGAAAUUGCCAAACAUUAAAAUGAGAAAAAUUUGUGCUAAUGAUGCGGUCCCCAAGAAGUGCAAGAAGAAAACUGUUACGGCUGUAGAUACAGAUUUAGGGGAACUGGAACUAAAAGAUGAAUCAAGUGAUUCAGAUGAGGAGAUGACAGCAGUGGCCUAAUUGUCCUUUGUUUGAAGUAAAAGUAAAUAAGAUGAGAGCCUCAAGUUAUAUUUGACCUGAUUAUGUUUAGUAACUGUAGAUACAAGAAUUCGCUGUGUAGCUUCUUUCUUUCAUCAUGAGAAUCCCAUUUGCAGUUUCAAAAACAGUGUUAUGAUUAUCAGUUAGAAAUGAAUGUUGCUUUUUAUUUACAUUAAGUUGCUAAAAUAGAUAUAGUGAGAUAAAAGCACAAUCUAAGAUCCAUUUAAUCAAAUUUCAUGAGCAGUGGGAGUGAUACGAAUAAUGACAAAAAUGUUUUCAUCUUUUCCCUCAUGUUUACCUUGGAUCCCCUGAUCUCACAUUCUGGGGCUUCUAUAGCAGCAUGUUUGCUGAAAGGGUCCUAUGGAUACUUCUUGAGCAAUGAUGGUAGCAAAAUUGGUUUCAGUUAAUAGUGUUUCACUAAUCUUCCUCUUGAACAUCACACCAUCUUUCUUUCCUAGUAAAAUAAAGAAAAUGAUAGAUUGUAUUUUUGGGAAAUAGACAAGGAAAUGUGAUACAUAUUUCCUUGUAUACAAUAUACAUAUUGUAUAUUUAGGAAAUAUACAAGGAAAAUGAUAGAUUAUUUUUAUUAUCUUUAAGCCAGUGUUAAACGAUAAAGUAAAAAAAUGGUGAUUAUUUCCAUGAUGUUGGCCUCCCACACUUAAUCUGUUAUCUUUUGAUAAAGGGGAUAAAUAAUUUCAGGUUAACUGUAUUACUUUGUUUUCUCAUGAAAGAUGAUAGAUUUUAAUUGUGGAAACAACUAAUGAUUAGAGAAUCAGUUAUUGCAAUUGUUAUUUAUUUGUGUUACUUAUUCUUCUAAGAGGCUAAAUGACAUAAUUUGGUAUUUAAAGUAUCAUGAAAGACAUGGGUGUGUUAGAGUGUUCUUCAUAGAACUUGUUAAAUGCAGUUAUCUUUUAGGCUGUUUUCUAAAGGAUACAAUGUAAAUGUAUUUGCGAAUUUUCAAGAAAAUAAAUAUAUGUUAAUGCUGAAAGAAGUUAACUA